AUGAUCACAGAGUCAAUAAAAAGGGUAAACGGCUAUGACAAAAAUGCAUACACAUACUACCCCGUCAUAAUCGUCGGCGCUGGAGCGUCUGGCAUCGCUGCAGCAUGUCAGUUGAAAGCCCAACUUGGGUUCGAUCAGUUCCGUGUCUUUGACCGCCAGACUGGAAUUGGAGGAACUUGGUGGAUCAAUCGAUAUCCUGGCGUUGCUUGUGACAUACCCGCACUCUUCUACUCCUUCUCCUUUGCCCAAAACCCUAACUGGAGUGCCUUUCAUCCACCUGGCAAGGAAAUCGCCCAGUACUAUCACGAUGUAUGCGAGAAAUACCAAGUCGUCGACAAGUUCGAGCUCAACACCGACAUCCAGAGCUGCGAAUGGCUAGAAAACGAAGCCUUUUGGGAAGUCACCUUACGCCGUCUGGUCGUAGGCAUGGGCGACCUCUCUUCCAAGGACCGCAUGAAGAUUGUUCAAGAAAAGGGCGAGCAGGCAGUAUAUUCCGAAACCCAAGUCAUAAAAGCAAAAGUGGUGCUGAGUUGUGUUGGCGGCCUAGUCGAGCCCAAAGACUUUCCCGAGAACAUCAAGGGCAUCGAAAACUUCAAGGGAAAAGUCUUUCAUUCCGCACGAUGGGACGACACAGCCGAUCUUACAAAUAAAAACGUGGUGGUGAUAGGAUCAGGAUGCAGCAGCGCACAAAUCGUGCCUUCACUACCUCACCCCCCUUACAACGCCAAAUCAGUAACCCAAAUCAUGCGAUCCCCGCCUUGGGUCGUCGACGCCGUCCCACCUCCUGGCGGCAAUGAAUGGUGGAGAGCAAACGCGCCCUGGCUAAUGCGCAACAUACCCGGCCUCAAACAAAUCGCCCGCUUCAGCAUCUUUUUCCACACCGAAAAAGCCUUCUUCCAGAUCUUCCCCAAUAACCCUUUCUCAUUGGUCAUGCGUAAGAAAUACGAGGAGUGGCUCCUCAACCACAUGCGGAAGACCGCGCCUAAGAAAUACUGGGACAUACUGACGCCAGACUAUGGUGUGGGAUGUAAACGCCGUAUCUAUGAUCACUACUGGCUGAAGAGUCUGAAUGAUCCUAAGAUCGAACUUACGACACAACCUCUGACUAGAAUCACGGAGACGGGUGUCGUUGUCGGACCAGGUGCAUCGUACCCGGCGAAUGCAAAGAAAGAAGACUACCCUGAGCGUGAGAUCCCUGCCGACAUCAUCGUCCAUGCCAACGGUUUCGACACAACACGAUGGCUGCAUCCACUCAAAGUCAUUGGCAAAGAGGGAAGAGAUAUCGUCGAGGUUAUGGAGGAGCGGGGAGGCGCACAGGCGUACCAGGGCACCGCUAUGGACGGAUUCCCGAAUUUCAUGAUGAUAUUCGGACCCAACACUGUAACUGGACAUUCCAGUGUACUCAUGGCGAGUGAAAACAUGAUCAACUACUCCAUCAACUUCAUCCGACUAAUCCUCACCCACGACGCCCGCACUUUCGACGUCAAGCCCGAGGCCGAAAAGGCGUACACAGUCGAGAUGCAGCGCGCGAUCGACAAUACCGUUUGGAAAAGCGGGUGCUCGAGCUGGUAUUUUACCGACAAUGGUUGGAACUCGACUGUGUACCCUUACUCGCAAAUCGUCUUUUGGUAUCGCUGCCUGUUUGUCAAGUGGAGUGAUUGGAAUAUUGAGUAUACACGUGAAGGGUUGGUUAGGAUGAGGAUGACGAGGAUGCUGAGGAUGCUGGCGCUGCUGCUUGUAGUCGUGAUUGUUUACUUCACUACGUAA